CUGGUACAUGCGAACUAAAAUCGUUCCUUGCAAUUGUCAUAACUGAGCAUCGAUGGUCGGUGGAAGAUGCUGCGCAGGGUUCUUCCUAAAAUUUUCUACUCAUUGGUCUCCGUGCCGGAGUUGAGGAGGGUUUCUGCUCCGGGUUUGGCAUCGGCCGCUUUCGACUAUCCUCCUGUUGCUUCACGUAAGGCGGUUCCAGAACCCUACUUCCUUCAGCGUCGAGUAGUCAUCUACGACGGCGUUUGCCAUCUGUGCCACAAAGGUGUAAAGUGGGUGAUCAAAGUAGACAAGGAUGCGAUGAUAAAAUUUUGUUGUCUUCAGUCGAAGGCUGCUGAGCCAUAUCUAUUAUUUGGUGGUGUUAAUAAAGAGGAUGUACAAAAGAGAAUGUUGUUCGUUGAGGGACCUGACGGAUACUUUGAAGGAUCUGCAGGUUAGUACUCUCAUCAUCUCUC